CUCUCCCUGUUGUCUGCGCUGCCGGACGGGCCUACGGACCUGCCGCCGUCCGUCCCUCUCUCUUGCCUCCGGCGGCUCCUCCCUCCCACCCGCCGCCCUCCCUCCCCCUUCCGUAAGCACUGCCGGCCUGCCUUCCGGACCCGCCGCCGUCCCGACCACCAGGUCGAGGCGUGGCCUUGCCCGGCCCAGAUCCGUGCCGGCGUCUAGCCCGUCUGCGUGGCCAGCGCGGGACAGGGCCGCCGCCCUCCCUCUCCCUCUCUCCACCGGGUACCGCUCUCUGCGCCGGAUCAUCCUAAAGGCUUGGCGACAAAGUUUCCCUUUCUGCUGACUACGCUUGCAGUUGAUGUAAAGAUGCUGAGAAAUAUUUUGAGCCAGUCAUGGAGGAAUGGAGCACAUGUGCUGCAGGAAGGAAAUCCAGGACCGGCACUGUAUACAUGCUGGAGGCGAUUUCACAGUGGACAGAUCUUAAGCUCUUCCAGGAGCUUCUUUGGCGUGGAGGACUUUGUGGAUGAAGAUAACAGUAAACCCUACACAUACAAGAAGGAAAAGAGAUCGAAGAACCCACACAAGCAUAUUUCUUUUAAGCAGCGCACCAUCGCCCACAUGGAGCCCUUCACGCUGGACGUCUUCAUAUCCAAGCGCUUCGUCUCGGCGUCCCUCACGCACCGCUCGACGUGCAGGCAGGUCGCGGUCGCCGGGACCAAUUCGAAGGACAUCAAGGCGGCGCUCAAGUCGAGGUCCGACAUACCGGCCUGCCUGGCCGUGGGCCGUUUCCUGGCUGAGAGGGCGAAGGAGGCCGACGUCUACACCUGCACGUACACGCCGAGGGAGCGGGACAAGUUCGAGGGGAAGAUCAGGGCCGUUGUCCAGUCGCUGAUCGAUAAUGGGAUCAAUGUGAAGCUAUACCUUGACUGACCUUUUGUUGUACGGAUGAUUACUGUUCUGGUACUUGCGAAAUGAGCAGCCUGUCGCGUCGUGUUCUGCUAUCAUGGCUGCGAUCAGGGCCCUGUGAUAUGCCACUCUGUUGCGGUGCCGAUGGGUUGUUCUCAUGACGCUCUUGUGUUGUCAUUGGCUGGAAGAUGAGGUAAUUUGUUUGUGUGAUCA